AUGGCCACGAUUCUGAAGGGUUUCAGGCCGGCAACCUCAAAGAAAGUGAAUGCGUUCAAGGAGUUUCUGGUCAAAAGAUCAGGCCAGACGCUGGUCGAGGAGAACUUUCACGCAAUAUGGCCGCUCUGGCUCGUGCGCUGGAAGAGUAUGGCCACGGCUUCAUCUCAUGACAUUGCCGUAUCGGAGGCGAUCUGCGCAGCCCACAUCCCGGACAUCGAGGCCAAGAUUGACCAGGCUAUUGAGAAGACACUGAGACUUCUCAGAACGGCUGUGCCCGCCGCUCUCCUCCGGGGCGACUGUGCCUGUACAACUAUGUUCAAAGGUGUCGGUGGCCUCCCUCUUGCGGCUGGGGAACGCUUCUGCAAGUGCCGUCCACGGAGAAAGGCUGUUCACAGAGAAGUCAGCGACUUGAUACCAUUGGUGUAUGCAUUGGCCGUCGAUGUCCACAUGCAUCGAAUGGACCAUCUUUCUAAGUAUCGUAGCAGGAUCGAGGAGACCAUGGAGAGCACGAGUUCCAUCUGGCCGGAACUGCAACGGUUGAGCAAAACGAUGAUCUUGAGUUUGACUGACAGUGUUGAGUUGCAGUACAUCUCUGAGGACGAUGACGAUCCCAAAGGCUUAUGGGCUUAG